UAAAGAAGCGUCCAAACUCAUAUUAUAGGUACUCGUGUAGUAAGUCACGUUCUUCUGACCAUGAACCCUUUUCAGCAGCUUGCGCUCAUUGCGGUGAUGCUCGUGUGCGCGCUUGGCGCUCCAGUGCGCGUCGCCGAGACCAACUACACGGACGGCAUGACACUGGUACUGGGGCUCAACGAAAAAGCCAGACAGUUGUACCAAGAGGUGGAGACCCCGAGCGAGGUGGCUGCAGUCAGCGACCCUCCACUGAUGAUCAGGGCCGAGGACAAGUGCGAUCCUGACAGUCUUAAGACCAACCCAGAGACUUGCCUGUCCAGGGUUGUUCUUGCUUUGAAGAAUUAUAGCAGGAUUUUUGGGGAGAGUGGAAUAUUUCAGGGCCAAAACACCAAGUGUGACAAGUGGAGAGCAAAUGCUACAGCUAUAGCUGUGGUGACAGAACAAAUCCUGGAAGCACUAAAGGAGCCAUCUGAGACUCCAACACCUAUGAUGAUGGCUAACUGGAUGACCGAGGGCUACCUGUGCCGUGACAGCGUCGAGCGUCUGUACUCCUUCUCCAUCAUGACAGCUCGUGUCUUCAGCCAUUUGUCUUCACUUCAACAGAAUGUUUAGUGUUUAUUGAUUAUUUAUCAUGAUCAUGUUGGUCAAAAUUUGUUCAAACUUCUGCAUUUUGCAGAAAGGUUCUCAUGAGUUAAAUAAUAAUGACAUUGUGGAACUAUCAUGAUAGAGAAUCCUGAAAAGGAUCUUCAUGUUUUGCAUAACAUAUUGUGUAUUUAUUAAGUUAUUUAUUUUAACAAUAUUUAUUGCUAUUUAUUUCAUCAUUUUUGCUAUGUGCUGAGUA